UACAUAUCUGGGCAAAGCAGAUACGCUGAUAUCCAAACGCCCCCCUCCAAUCGUCCUCCUUGUCUCUUCUCUGGGAGAAACAGAGUCACCGUUUGGCUGUAAUGCCCAUUUCGGAGUUGACUCGGGCCGAAGCGUACUCGCCGAGUUCUCUGCACGUAUGGCGUACGCUCCUGAACUGGUUGGCCUUCUUCUUCCGGAUCUUCCUUCAGAUCCUCAGAGCUCUCAGCCACCACGCUCUGCCCUCUUCCUCCUCCUCUUCUUCUUCUUUGUCUUUCAAGCCCUUACCGGUCGUUGAGCUCCCGGACCACGAGUUGCCUGCCACCUCCGAAAUAGAAAUCCCCAUCACCGCCAGGGAUUCGGAUUCCGACGAGCUUCUCGAUAAGCUCACGGUAGUUCUUGACUUGGACGAAACUCUAGUAUCUACAUAUGAGACAUCUAAUUUGCCAGCUAGCGUUCGUAAUCAAGCAACCGAAGCUGGGUUGAAGUAUUUUGAACUGGAAUGCAUAUCUUCGGACAAGGAAUGUGAAGGAAAACCUAAGGUCACCCAUGUUACAGUUUUUGAGCGCCCAGGAUUGCAAGAAUUCUUGAAAGAAGUCGGUCAAUUUGCGGAUCUUGUGCUGUUUACUGCUGGUCUUGAAGAUUAUGCUAGACCACUUGUGGACAAAAUAGAUACUGAAAAUCGAUUUGGUCUUCGACUUUAUCGCCCUUCUACAACUAGCACCGAGCAUCGGGAGCACGUGAAGGAUCUCUCCAUCCUAUCAAAGAAUCCAAAACGAAUUGUCAUUAUUGAUAACAAUCCAUUCAGUUUCUUGUUGCAACCACUGAAUGGAAUUCCUUGCGUUCCAUUUACUGCCGGGCAACCCCAUGACACAGAGCUUUUGGAAGUCCUCCUUCCACUCCUCAAGCACCUCUCUCAGCAGAAAGAUGUGAGACCAGUGCUCUAUGAAAGGUUCCAUAUGCCUGAAUGUUUUCAAAAGCAAGGGAUUCCUAGUUCUGCUUGGACAUCUUAGGAUACGGACUCCUUGCAAUAGGAGCCGCCCUUCUUCUUUGUACAAUCCUCCAUAAUUACUUUUUCCCAAAGGCAGCAUCUCAUCAUUGGACUAAUUGUACACCGGAGUAAUGAAAGCUCCUUCGAAGUACAAUUCGAAGAUGUCAACUGCUGCGAACCGUGGUACAAAGGUACCCCAUUACGUAGAUUCGUAAAAUUGUCAUAGCUAUGUAACUCGAUUAUCAUGCUCGUGAUCCUCUUGAUUGUUUUCUCAACUAAUUAGAAAUUUGUAAAACAGUUAUUAUUAGCCGUUUAAAGAAUAUCAUUCUGUACCGGCCGGUAUGGCUGGUAUUUACUGUGCCGGAACAAUAAUCGGCAUAGUGGA